AUGAUAUUUUAAUACCCAAUAUAAUAUCAGAAAAUAACAGAAAAUUUUGGUUUAUAUAUUGUAAUUUCUUUUUUGGAAAACUUAAUUAAAGAAUUUCAAUAAGAGUAGAUGAAUUACCUCAAGAUCCCUUUGAUUAAGUUUGGAACAACUAUCAAUCACAUUAGCUUAUAAUAGAUUGUGGAAUCUCCGCAAAAAUGCGCUUAAAUAUAAUUAGAAGAUUCGUCAUUCAACAUUUACUCUUGUAAUUUCCCAGAACUUUGUAGGAACAUACUCAUUAAUAAGAACCUGAUUUUGUUAAUUCAAUAUGAAGAGUUGAUCGAAUUCGAUGACAAAAUAUAGAAUAUAUUCAAUUUAAUACAAUUUGCUUAAGUCAAGAAAGUCUUGUGUUUCAUUGUCUUGGCAGAACCAAUUAAGAAAUGCCAAUGGAAAAUGGAUAUUGUCAAAAAGUAUAUUGACGUAAGUGUCUCAAACUUUAAGUUUUCUAAUUAUACCCAGCCUAACUACAAUAUAUAAUCUAUCCAUUCUUAACAAAGCAUCUUUAAUUCACUACGCUUUUUCUAAACUACCCCCAAAGAACCAGAUUUUAAUAAAACUAACGAUACUUUAAUGUAAAUUAUAUCUCGAAACAAAAACGAAUUAGAAGUUGCUCUCAUCUAAGGAAUUGCAAUUUAAUCUGAUUUUUGCUACCUUGAAAAUUAAACUGCGAACAAUAAACCAAUCUAAUUAACUGAAAUUGAAGGCAAAUUAAAUUAUAUCAAUUCCAAUGAAGAUCAGCAAAUCUUUCGACUCAAAAUCAAUGAUGAUUCAGAGUUGAAAGAGCAAUCCUUCCUCUCAAAUACUAUCUUUUCUGUUAACAAAUUCAAUCCCUAGAUAUUAUUCAAUCCUCAAUUUGAUUCAAUUGAAAAACGAUACGAAUUCUAUACAAAUUAUCGAAAAACUUCAGACUGGUCGGUCAUUAUUGGAGGGGGGCAAUAUGAUAUCAAAAACAUAGAGUUUGCUACACUUAAUGAAAAUACCUUAAAGUUAACUUUAUCAAGCUCACAGUUUAUUUGUACUUAAAAGUUUUCAACAAACGAGGGUUUCAAAAUCAAUAGUUAAAUUCUAAUACUUAAUAAAACUACCGAGGAGAUCGUUGUCUUUGGGUUAGUUGAAUCAGAUAACUUUGAAAUCAAGCUCAAUCAAAAUAAGAACCCUAAACAAGAAUUACAAUUGAUGGAGUAGUUCCAUAUUCCAAUCAAUGACGAAGACAUAAUUUAAAAUAUAGCUAGAGGAGAGCUGCUACAAAAAGGAAACCAUAUUGCUAAAUGUAGAAUAUGCUUGGAAAAGUUGUCUGAUACUCUGUUGGUUCCGUGUGGUCAUUUCCGUUAUUGCUAUGAUUGCUAGGCUGAGAUUUAAGAAUGUCUUUAUUGCGAGACCAAAAUUUAAACAAGGAAGAAGCUUGAAAUCAAGUUAAUAGAUCAAAAUAAAAAUGAUCUAUUAAAGGAGUUAAUGUGGAAACAUUAGGAUUUAUUGAAGUGUUCAUUUUAGUAAAAUUUGAAUAUUGAGCAAAAUCUAAAAAUUAAUACAAUGUAGAAUGAAAUCAAUUUCUCUUAAUAUUAUUGCUAAAAAUGUAAUAAAUCAAAGGGAACUGAAUUUGCAUAUUGCAAUAAAAGUCAUUUAAUUUCAUAUUGUUUAGAAUGCUCAAAAUAAACAAUAAAAUGUGAAUAUAUGAAUUGUAAUGAAAAUGUCAUUUGCGCAGGACAAAUAAAAUUUAGAUUUGAUGAGUGA